AUGGGCGAGAUCGUAGGAGUUUUAUCCAACCCAGCCAGCACCGUACGCUCGUUGACCGAGUCAAAACGUCUUCUGGAAGAGGCCAGGCGCGAGAUCCAGGAAACGCGCGAACGAUCUCAAAUCCGUCCUACGCACACGUUUUCUCGACUGCCAGGAUUCUUCCCCCGUAGAGCUGAACAGCAGGCGAUUCAGCGUUCCCUAGAAGGGGAGCCAUCGUUCACUGUCCUGUUCGGACCUCCAAGUGCCGGAAAGACUGCCCUUCUUCGCGAAAUCCUAUCCCAUCCUCGGUAUCAUGUCCUCCACUUCGACUUGCGAAUAGCAGGCUUUGCAGAUCUUGAAAGCCUUUACACCAGCCUCAGCCUUCAGAUGGAAGGGUUCUUUGAGGAGCUCGCGCAGAACGGUGGAUGGUAUGAGGAAGGGUCUUCGGAGAAGGUGGAGAUGACGGAGGAUGAACUCAAGGCGGAAGGAUGGGAUAGGUUUGAGAGGGAGGCAUGGGGCUUCAAGCACGAUCGACUUAACCUUGAGCGAAGGCUGGGAAGUUCGUCCGAUGGGGAAGGGGGAGCGGCUGGUCCGAAGGCAGAGGUCCGACCGAGCGAUAUCGCCAGGCUUAUGGAACUCUUCCAAAGUUCCCUACUCCGCUAUCGCGAAUUCCAGCCUUCGACAGAACGUAAAUCGAAACGCCGACAAAACUCGGAAGACACCACCGUAGUCGGAAGCUCUCAGACUCAUGGAUCGUCGGCCAAGAAGCGGAGGUGGUUCUCGAGGAAGAAGUCCCGUUCGAAAGAGGAGGUUGUGGAUGAACCCAUGAGACACAGCUCCCCCGAAGAUGAAGAGAGGAAACUGAAUAGGCGUAAACGCGUCCCUGUUAUCUUCUUCGAUGAGGCUCAUAAACUUCCGCAUUUGAUCCCCUCCGCACAAACUAUGCAAACCAUCCUCGACUCCACUCUCGUUCUAACGAAACAAGAUCGUCUCUGUCAUGUUGUUCAUGCUACUUCGGAUCCCUUCUAUCAAGGCUGGCUCUCGCGUGUUGGCGUUCUCUGGUAUUGCAAGAUGAUCGCCAUCGGUGACCUCAGUAAAUCAGAAAUGAGGGCCUAUUACAACGAAAGAGUCAAACCGAGAUUGGAGACACUCCCACCCAACGUCAGGCGCUUGGAUUUCGAGACUCUUUGGGAUGCGUUUGGGGGCAAGGUUGCCCACUGGUAUGAUUUCGUCACCGACCAUGUUAAACAAAGCUCCCACUUCCUGCAGGCCCACGCGCUUCUCAACCUUCACAUCAUCCACUCUUCGCAAGCACCGGGAGGCGGGUUCGAUUCUGCGAGUCCAGGGGCCAACACCACCGCGGGCAGCAUCCACCACGGUAACGCCGCCGCGAACCUUUCCACUGAAGCCCACCGCGCCAGCCCCGAAACCGUCUUGCACCCUUCGCUCGGACCCGCUGGAUUCAGGAUGUACAACCAACCCCCGCCUUCGCAAGCCAAUCUAGGCUUCUUCGGCGGGGCAGGUGGUGCGCCUCUCGGAACUGCGACUGUUGGAAUGAACCCGCUCAUCGCGUCCUUCACGCCUUACGAAGUCGUCGGUACACAACCUGAUUUCUCGCCUAUGCAACUAUUAAAGGUCAUGUCGCGGUUCACGACAGGCGGGCUCACCUACCUCCCCUACUUCCACUUGUGCCGAGAGUUGGGCGCGAAAGCAGUGGAUGGGAUGAUCAGGGGUAAAGUGGUUGACAUGAAGUGGACGGAAGGGAUUGCUGUUACGGCUGCUUCGACUGUGAACUCGCCUGUUACGAGUGUCCCGCCUCGUCAUGCAGGGUGGCACGCCCAGGAUCCGACGUUGGUGCAGCACCAGGAGCCAACACCUGUCGUUGAAUUCGGUUCGAACCCGCCUCCACCGUCGAUUCAUGCCCACACGCCUUCGCAUACAGCUCCGGUUCAGCCUCCACCAAUCCCGCAAGGUCAACCACCGCCGCCGUUCACCGAAGAAGAUGAGGGAGGGGACGUGAUGGUGCCUGUGUCGGAAGAGGAGUUGCUGCACCCGCAUAGUCACCACAACGCGCACGCAGGGCACGCGCACUCGGUCCACUCUCACCAGACGCAUCCUAUUCAUCCACUCCAACCGCAAGCCUCAUCCACUGCCUCGUUCGGGAAUACCAUCAACACGGGGGGCGGAAACCACCCCAUCAACACGCCGACGGUGGGGACGUCGACUAUGCUCCCAACUGCUACUGCUACGAGCUCUAUGCCUAUGCCUCAUCCGAUCCAUUACGGCCCUCCUCCACCGCGGGGUUAUCAUGAUGAUAUGGUCGAUGAAGAUGAUUACGGGGAUGAGGAGUUGGAGGAGGAAGAGGUUAUCGGACCGAAGAUUAUGCCUGUUUCGCCGAUUAUGAGGUAUGCGAUGAGGGAGGUUAUCAAGGAGUACGAGGAUGAUCAGAGUGUGUCGGAGUAUGCUUCGCUUUCAGAUUUCGAGGAGUACUAG